CAGAAAAAGCUACAAUAAUUUAAUUCAAAGAAUAAUAGUAUAAUUUUAAAGUUUCUUGAAAUAAUUUUUUGAUAUUAUAACUAGUAGGUAAUGUUAGAACUGUUGUGAUUGUUGAUCUUUAUACAAAUUGGCUAUAUUAAACUAAAUAAAAAUACAUUACAUUUAUCAAGAAGUGAAAUUAUCAGCGUUUCUUAUUUUGUAUAGUUGAAAAAGUCAUAAAAAUGCUAAGACGUCCUAAACCCGGUGACGACGAGUUUGAGAUACUUCGAAUGCAAGAAGAAUAUUUGCUUGAAAAGGGAAAAAAUCAAAACCUUCAACCAGCGGCACAGGUUAUAAACCUACGGAAAGCCGAGCAUCAAACUACUAAGCGAUGUAGCCCCGGUACAUCGACAGACCGUAAACCAUCAAAAUAUGCACAAACUAAGGGUCUUUCGAAUAAUUUACACAAGCGUGUGAAAUUUGACGAAAACAUUUCCAUUGUUGGUGACAUCCUUGAAAAAAAUAUAGAUGAAAGCAACACUAAGAAAAUACCUGAAUCAAUGGAUGAUAAUAUUUACUUCCCGAAAAUAAUUCCUUCAGUUUUAGGAGACAUAGUCGAAAAAACUUCUGAUAUUCAAGUUGAACUGGAUUUCAAACAGAUGCCUUCUCAAGGAUUUCCAGUUGUUACCAAUCAAAAAGAUUUCUCUGUAAAAAGAAAUGCUAGUACCUCAAUAACUCAAGAAAAAAUGAAUGUUGAUGAACCACCAGGAAAUGAGAUGGAUUCAACAAAUUUACAUAAUAACCUUCCUAACCAAAGUUAUAUUGUAAGUACUGAUGAUGCAAAUGCUAUCCACAAAGACAACAUUGAUAUUCUAAGUAAAAUGUCAGAGAAAGAUAUUUUAAAUGAACAGCAUAAAUUACUAAAUAGCUUGGAUCCUAAAUUGAUAGAAUUUAUAAAAUCCAAACGAUCUGCAAUGUCUAAGGGUAAAGAGGAAAUUAUUAGAACCCCAAUAAAUUCUGAUGAAAAGGAAAAUUCAAUGGACAUUACUGAGGAGAGUUUGGCUGAUGAUAUACUAUGGGAUAAUGAUGUUCUUUCCCACCCUCACAUAAACAAAUGGUUAAAUUUUGACAAGUUAGAAAGGGAUAAACUAGACUGGAUGCAGGGUUUGCAGGAACAUGGAAUAAAGCCAGAUGAACCCUAUGAAGCUAGGUUUAAUUUUCAAGGAUAUUUAUUACCAUACUCAAUUGAGUAUACUGAGAAAACUAAAACACUUUUCCAUCAUGGUGAAGAACCACAUAGACCAGGAUAUACUUUAAAUGAACUUUUUGAACUCUCAAGAUCAACCAUUAUUCAACAAAGGGUGAUGUCAUUAAAUGCUAUAGCUGGUAUCUUAGAGUAUGAGAAUGCAGGAAUUUACAAAGAAAUCAUUGAAAUUCCACUCAGUAAAAUAUUCUUUUUAAUCAGAAUUGCUAUGGAUGAAAAUAAACUCAUUAUAUUGGAGCCUGCCCUAAAAGGGAUGAGAAAUUUGCUGUACAAUAGAUUAGAUGAGGCCAGUCUCGAUGCUUUGAUAGGUUUCAGGGAUGCUGCAUAUCAGCCAUGUUUAGAAAAUGACAAAUCAGAAAUAGCGGAAACAGAAUACAAAGAGUCUGAAAUAAAAGAUUUUCAUUUGGCUGAAAUAGACAUUGUGGCAGCUACUUUAAGGACAUCAAUAUUACAAAGGAUCUACUAUAUAUUGAAUCAUGUGAAGCCAUCAUUUAACUGUGUGCAAUAUUCAUUGCAAAUAUUAAUUCGUUUAGUGAGAAAUUCUCUGGAAACAGCAAAAGAAAUUAUUGGUACAGAGCAUCUUAUGAAUGCAAUUCUAGUCUAUUUUGUGCCAAAUACUGGCAUCAACUUUUGCUUUGAGCAUGGUAUUGUGUAUAAUGGUAAACCAGUAUUGAGUGCACUUAAACUAAUAAGAAUAUUAUCACUGCAAUCUAGAGAUCUUAGUCAGACUUUAGUGGAAAAAUACAAUAUUUUGAAGCCUCUAUCAACAUAUUUAUGUUCUGAAGUAGAUGGCACAUAUGGGCUGAGAUUACAGAUAGAAGCAUAUUCUAUAUUUACAAACAUUAUGAAGUUCCAACUUGGCAUGGAGGAAGCUAUGUCUAUUUGCCCAAUUAUUGUGAUGGCACUGUAUAAACAUGUGCAAGGAACUAGUAUAUUUAUCAACUCAUCAAUACUAUCAGCAACCCAUGCUGCUGUUUUAUUGCAAUUCGUGAACAAUUUUCUUCUUAGUGGUUUGAAUAAUCUAGACUAUUACAAGCAACAAUUAUACCCAUUAUUAACAGAAGGCAUGCACAAAUGGUUCACACAAACUGCUCAACUAGAUGCUUUUACAUGUGGACAUUUGCGCCUGGUUUCCUCAUUAUUUAAUUGUUUUGAAACCAUUAUUACUACAGAUAAACUAUUUAUCAAAGAAUUACAGGAAUCUUUACUUAAUUUAGGCAAAUCUGCUGGUAUUAGAAUCAUCAUGCAAAGUUUGACUUCUAAUUCUAAUCUCUUAUCUGGAAUUGAAGACAAAGAUAUACACAAUAUAAAAAAUUUAGUAACAUUGGGGUCUUGUAGUAGUCUAAAAGAAAGAGUUCUACCCAUUCUAAAUCCUGGAUCACCAAUACCAUUUUUGGAUUCUUUAUUCCAAUUACUGAAUGUGAUAGACAACAAGAAUUUGGCUAUGUUUUACUUGGAACAAACUCUGCCUUAUAUGCAAAGAAUAUCCAACACUUCACCAUAUUUAAUGAAUAACUGGUUCACUAGAAUGGAAACAGAUAUGAUAUUUAAUAUAAUCAAGCUAUCUUCAUCACUGGACAUACCAGAAACCUUAAAAGAUUUAUUAUAUGCUGUUGCAAGUAAACUAUGUUAUAUCUUAAGAAUAGAUAAGCAAAUGGAAUUGGAAUUUCUUUUUGACUCUAUAAUAUUUAACAAAACUUGGUUUACAGCCCAGAGACUGUUUAAUCUAGUGUCAUUAUCAGAAGCAGAUGGGUUUUCUGUUGCCCUAAAUAAUAUAGAAGAUAUUAAAGCUUGUUAUAGAAGUGUGAGCCUCAAAUUUGUAGACACUGGGUCGAUUAUCAUUUUACAUAAAUGGCAGGAGCCAAUUCUUCCCCGGGAUUGGAUAUAUCUGCCAAUAUUAUCAUUGUACAGUAAAAGUCAAGAAAAUGUCGCACCUAAAGUUGUUGGAGAUCAUGCUAAUAAGAUACAUCUUCAGAUUGCAGGAGAGCGAGAAAUUAUAAUAAAAAGUAGCCUCGAAUGGAUUUUAUUCAAUGAGCUAUGCUUUCCAGAUUUACUGAAAGACAUUGAUGUUACUGAUAGAUUUUGUAGAAUACUGUGUGUAUUUUUAUGUGAUAAUUCAUUAUUUUUGAACAAGAAAAUCAAAAUGCUUUUAGAAAAAUGUGUUCAAAUAUUGUUUAAAAUGGGUUCAAAGUUUGAUUUUGAUAAAGAGCUUGUUGGUCUGCAUAAUUUCCAAGAUUUUUACACACAAAUUCUAGAACAGUUCCAGUCUGUUAGCUAUGGAGAUGACACAUUUGCUGCAUGUGUAUUGGUGCCAGUAGCACAAAAACAUAAUAUUAAAUGGAGAAAAUUAAUGUGGUCUGAAUAUGCUGGGUGCUUAAGAGCAUUAGACUGUCCCGAAAAUCAACUUUGUUAUGGAAUAAAUGAUUAUCUCUAUCCAGAAGAAUUAGAUGAAUCUCUAUUAAAGUCGUAUCAUAGAGCAUUAACUUGUAAUUUGUUGAGAGAAGGAACAAUAGCUUAUAAGAUUGCCCAACACCAUGUAGAAUCAUUUAAGCUAAGGAUUAAAAGGUAGGAGUAAUAAAUUAAUAAAGGUUUUAUAUUAUCAAA